AUGGGAGAAUUUGAUGGAGGCAUAAACCUUGUUAUGUCGGAUGUUCAUGGUAAAACGAUUGGAGGAAUAGUACAACAUCUUGUUGCUGAAACUGAUGUUGAGGUAAUUGUAUGUCCAUUCUACAUGUCUCAUCCAUUUGAAUUCGAUCCUCCAAUGAUAUUUGGGAAUCCCUUUUUGCCAAGCUCUAGAGAUCCAACCUCUAGCCUUCCAAACUCUAACGAUUCAAGCUCUAGGAAAGCAUGA